GAGUGUGAGAGGUUUUGCCGUGUUCUCCACUGUAUUUUCACCGCUUUCUUCGAAGUCGCCGGACAUCUGAAGCCAACAUGCGCGAGAUAUUGCACCUGCAGGCGGGCCAGUGCGGGAAUCAGAUCGGAGCGAAGUUCUGGGAGGUGAUCAGCGAUGAGCAUGGGAUUGACCCCACCGGCUCCUACCAUGGAGACAGUGACCUGCAGCUGGACCGCAUCAGCGUUUACUACAACGAAGCUUCGGGUGGAAAGUAUGUCCCUCGUGCCAUCCUUGUGGAUCUAGAGCCUGGAACCAUGGAUUCAGUCCGCUCGGGUCCUUUUGGACAGAUAUUCAGACCUGACAACUUUGUUUUUGGCCAGAGCGGAGCUGGUAAUAACUGGGCUAAAGGUCAUUACACGGAGGGGGCUGAGCUGGUGGAUUCAGUGAUGGAUGUGGUGCGCAAGGAAGCCGAGAGCUGCGACUGCCUGCAGGGUUUCCAGCUGACGCACUCUCUGGGUGGAGGAACGGGCUCUGGCAUGGGAACGCUUCUCAUCAGUAAGAUCCGCGAGGAGUUUCCGGACCGCAUCAUGAACACCUUCAGUGUGGUGCCGUCUCCCAAAGUGUCCGAUACGGUUGUGGAGCCCUACAACGCCACACUGUCCGUCCAUCAGCUGGUGGAAAACACUGACGAAACGUAUUGUAUUGAUAACGAGGCGCUUUAUGACAUCUGCUUCCGCACGCUCAAACUCACCACACCUACAUACGGAGAUCUCAACCAUCUCGUCUCGGCCACCAUGAGCGGCGUCACCACCUGUCUGAGGUUCCCCGGCCAGCUUAACGCUGAUCUCCGCAAACUAGCCGUCAACAUGGUGCCCUUCCCACGCCUGCACUUCUUCAUGCCCGGAUUUGCUCCUCUGACCAGCAGGGGGAGCCAGCAGUAUCGAGUGCUCUCCGUCCCGGAGCUCACCCAGCAGAUGUUUGACGCCAAAAACAUGAUGGCCGCUUGUGAUCCACGCCAUGGGCGCUACCUAACCGUGGCGGCUGUUUUCCGCGGUCGCAUGUCCAUGAAGGAAGUGGACGAGCAGAUGCUGAACGUCCAGAAUAAGAACAGCAGCUACUUUGUGGAGUGGAUCCCGAAUAACGUCAAGACGGCCGUCUGCGACAUUCCACCUCGCGGGCUCAAAAUGUCGGCGACCUUCAUUGGAAACAGUACAGCCAUCCAGGAGCUCUUCAAGCGAAUUUCAGAGCAGUUCACGGCUAUGUUUCGCCGCAAGGCCUUCUUGCAUUGGUAUACCGGUGAGGGAAUGGAUGAGAUGGAGUUCACCGAGGCCGAGAGCAACAUGAACGACCUGGUGUCCGAGUACCAGCAGUAUCAGGACGCCACCGCCGAGGAGGGAGAGUUCGAGGAGGAGGGCGAAGAGGAGGCUGCGUGAUCGCCAUCGCUUACAUUAUUAUAUACACGAGUCUAGUUCUGUUAAACAGAGAAAGUCUAUUUAAACUCUUGUGUGUGAUUUUUUUUCUUUUAGCUCAUUCCUUACUGUGUUAAAAUGACUAUGUAUUUACUGAAUAAAUAAAUACAAC